GACAAAAUGAAAUCGGGGUCCCUAAGAUUACUAUACACGUUGUUUCAAGACGAUAAACACUGUGGGAAUAUCAUCCAACAUACACGUGUUUCAUGAAGAUAAACGCAGUAGUGUGUGCUGGUUCGAUCUAUCUCAUAACACUUGUGAGAUAGUGUAUCGGAUAACAGCACUAAACGUAAAACUUCCCUUGAAAUUAAGUGAGAAACAGAAGCCGAGGCUGCCUGACGUCAUUCCCUUCCACUGACGUCACAGUUUACACUGACGUCACCCUCUGCUCUGACGUCAUUCUUUUCCACAAACGUCACUCUUUGCUCUGACGUCAUUCCUUUACACUGACGUCACUCCUUACAACAAUGGCAUCGCAAGGGAUCGUCCCCAUCGUGGAUUUGGGACAAUUAAGCCUGGCACACGCGGCCGAGCCAAGCCGAGAGGAGUGGCUUCGCGUAGGAAAGUCCGUCGCCGAAGCUUUCCAGAACAUUGGCUUCGUUUACCUCAAGAACCACGGCGUUCCUGAAACCCAGCUUUCAUCGCUCGUGUCCUCCGGAGGUCGGUUCUUCGCUCUCGACCCGAAGACCAAGAGCAAGUAUCCGAGGAAUCCGGAGAAGCAGCAAGGAUACGUGGAAGUGGAUAGAGAAAAAUUUGACCCGGCGAACUUUAAGCACGAACUCCGGGAGGCCUACGAUGUUAAACGCAGCGACGGCAUGUUCCCGGAUGAAGACGUUCCCUCCUUCCGCCGAGAUGCGGAUGCGUUCAUUAACACUUGCAAGGCUCUGUCGCUGCGGAUCCUGAAGGCCAUGGCGCUGGGAAUAGAUUUGGACGAGUCCUUCUUCGUGGACACGCACCAGGAGAUCUGCUCGGACAACAACGCCUCGUGCAUGCGCCUGCUGCACUACCCACCCGUGCCCGAGUCCGUCCCAGCCGAGGCUAUCCGCUGCGGGGCGCACACGGACUACGGGACGAUAACACUUCUUUUCCAGGAUGAUAUUGGCGGCCUGCAGGUUCGUGAUCGACAGCGCCAGUGGGUCAACGCCGACCCAGUGCCCGGCGCCGUACUCGUCAACGUCGGAGAUAUCCUUCAGUUCUGGACUACGGACAAGUUCAUCGCCACCGAACACCGCGUGUUGAUCCCCAGCGAGGAAAAACGCAUGAAGGUCUCUCGGCGCUCCGUGGUGUUCUUCGUUCACCCAGACGACCCUGUUCUCAUCAAGCCCUUGGACUCCUCCUCCACGUACCCUACAAUCACAGCUCGAGAACAUGUCCUGAGGAGGUUUAGGGAGACUUAUGCAUAUUAAGAAAAUUUGUUGACUUUUCGGAUGCGUGUUGUGUGUCUAUCGGUCUCUGUAGUUUGUGUUUUUACAUAAGGUCCAUCAUCCUUGCCUUACCUUACUUACCUUACCUUAUUUGUGAAUUAAUGAGUGUUUUCUUUUUUCAAUUCAAAUAUACAUGUACACGCUUGAUGUACAGACACGGACAAAAGUCGUGGUGAGAAUUAAGCUUCGAAUUCGAAUAAUUUAACAAGAAUUUUGACGCGACUGUACAUUAUUUACUUUAUUAACAUCUUUUUAUUUAUUUGUCGUUUUUUAUGGAAUGCAGCAACUGAGCACCAGCUGAAUUUAGUAUUUUCUUGGUGAAUUUUUACUUUAUUUCAUAUUAAUCGCUGUGUACAAUCUUAUGAGAGUAUUCAUUGAUAUUUGAAACCUAGACUUAUGUUGUAAUAUGGGUUAAAGAUUGAAGUGCUAGCAACGUUGUAUGUUCAUUGAAAUACUGAAUUUUGUUGUUAGUUGCUUUUAUUGGUCUUAUUUUCUCUCUGUCAGAUAGCUAUUAUUUGUGUGUGAAAGUUCAUAUAGUCUGUCUGUCUGUCUGUCUGUCUGUCUCUUCAUCUCCCUCUCCCUCUCCCUUCCUCUCUCUCCCUCUUUUCACACACACACACACACACACACACACACACACACACAUAUAUAUAUAUAUAUAUAUAUAUAUAUAUAUAUAUAUAUAUUCUGUUAUCUGUAUGACCCUUUGUUUCAUUCCACAACCCUUAAUGUCAGCAGACCAACAUGCAAUUUGAUAAUUAUAUGUAUACUGUUUUUUGUUACUUAUAUAUACACUGUUAUCUAUA